GAUUUGGUAGCAAGCUAAUUAGUCUCUCUGGCAUCUGACACUUGGCAGCAUGGCACUAAUUCCCAUUAACCUUGAAUGAAAUAUCAAUUAAAAGUUGGAUAUAAAAGUCUUUAGAUUAUGUGGUGGUUGCAAACCUGCAUUUUUGAUAUCUGGAAUAUAUACUGAAUAUUGUUGUAGGAGGACUGUCUUGGCUGUGAUGGAAACUUUUUAGAGUUUAAGUUUCCAUUUUUUUAUUCCUUUUUUGCUAAUUAAAGAAUAGAAAUGCAUGUGCAUUUGCUAAUGGUGUAUUUUUAUAAAUUUGUCAAAAUAUAUAUACAGUAUACUAUUGAGGUAACUUGAGGACACAGAUUUAAGAACAACAUUAUCAGAUGUGGUAAUCAUAAUAUCAAACAAGCAUACAGUGUGGUAUAUUGCCUUUUGUCCUUUGAUAGCCUUGCCGAAUUUACACAAAACAUAGCUUAAAAAUGCACUCAUUUUUUUGUAUUGUUUAGAGAGGUGGCGUACUGAACAAGUGUUAAACAAAUAUCUAAUUGAACAGAAUAUGAGAAUUACAGAUAAACCUUGACACUGUAACAAGUAAUAGUUAUUCUUAAACAGUUUUCUUAUUUGCAUAAAAGCUUGGGCGGCUGGACUAUGUUGUUGUGAAUUGCAAAACAAGCAUUUUGAUAUUUAACUUAACAAAACAGACCUGAAUUGAUAGAUAUUUAAUGUAAAGUGUUUAAAUCAUAGUGUAAAUCAUUAACCAAACAACCCCAGCUGGGAAAACAUCCUGAAGCCUGGUGCAGUGUACAAAGGUGCUAUGUAAGUGAAGUUGUGCUCAGAUUGUAUCUAUGUGGGUUGGACUGAGAAGGAGAGACUGAGGUGAAGUGAGAAAGUAGGCGUGAAAUGUGAAAAUGGUGAAGGGAAAAGCUCCAGCAAAUACUUAGGGAAGGAAAGUUCACAUCAAGAGGUGGAAUUAGUGGGGUAAACACUGGAUCCUUAGUAAAUAUCUCAGCUUGCAGCAAAUCCAUUCUAAUCUGUCCGGAGCCAAGAAGUAAUUGCAUUAGACUUUUAACGAGAACAUUACCUUGGGACAAAGAAAACCAGUUAUGAUAAGUUUGGAGUGUGAAAAACUCUUUAUACAGUGAGGUGAGUUUUAGAACCAACACUGCAUGGAGGAGAAGAGUACCAGAGAGUUACCUGUGUCCUGACCCAUACAGUAUAAUCAAAACCCAGUGAAGUCAUUACACAUUUUAGACGAGUUAUCAUAGUGGAUGGGAAGUGCCCUUAAAAAGAGUCAAAAAUGAAGUGAUGACAAGGAAGAUAACAACUCGAAAAAUCCACUGAAUUGACAUCUUGCCAUGAAUGCAACUGCCAGACCUCAGUUCAAAUGCACAUGUUUCCCUAAGUUUCACUAUUGUGAUAAAGAUUCAGAUGGAACCUACUAUGACUACUGUCACACAUCAUACAAGUGCUUUGCCACAAUACACACAGAAACACCGUUUGUUCAGAGAGGAUGUCAUAAUCAUCUAGAAGCCAAACAGUUUCACUGCAGCACACCGCCAGGGCAGUUUUAUUCGGCCAUCUGUUGUGACACUGAGUACUGCAAUAAAGAUGUGAGCCCCACAUACCCACCUGUUUCUACAACGGAAGGCUACAGCACUCAUUCUGAUGCUUCCACAUACCACCUGCAGCUGUCCCUGGCAGUGGUGGUCCCCUUGGUUCUAGUGGUGGUCAUAGUGGCACUGGUCGUAGUGCUGUGUAGAAAGUGGCAUGAGAAGAAACUACGAGAGAUCGACGACAGUGCGCGACACGCCUUCCUGGAGAAUGGGGAGAUUCAGGCAACUCAGGUUGGGGAUUCCACUCUGGAUGAUCUAUUAGACUCUAGUUGUACCUCAGGUAGUGGGUCAGGCUUGCCAUUUUUGGUGCAGAGAACAGUAGCUAGACAAGUCUGCUUAGUGGAGUGUAUAGGUAAAGGUAGAUAUGGUGAAGUGUGGCGUGGUACUUAUCAAGGUGAAAAUGUUGCAGUGAAAAUAUUCAUUUCUCGAGAUGAAGCUUCUUGGCAACGGGAGAGUGAGAUCUACAAUACAGUAUUACUGAGACACGAGAACAUUCUCGGUUUUCUGGCAGCAGAUAUGACGAGUAGGAACUCAUGCACGCAGCUGUGGCUGAUAACUCACUAUCACGAGGUGGGCUCUCUGUACGACCACCUGAACAGAACCACCCUUGAUCAUGCAGCAAUGCUCAAAUUGGCUCAUAGUGCCGCGGCAGGACUAGUUCACCUUCACACGGAGAUAUUUGGCACCAAGGGCAAGCCAGCAAUAGCACAUAGAGACAUCAAGUCGAAAAACAUUCUUGUCAGGAAAAACGGGACAUGUUGUAUAGCUGACUUGGGUCUGGCAGUGAUGCACUCACUCAAGACCAACAAAAUAGACAUGGGCAUGAAUAAUAAAGUAGGAACUAAGAGGUAUAUGGCUCCAGAACUGUUGGAUGAGACUAUGGAGGCCAAGUCUUUUGAUUCCUUCAAACGUGUAGAUGUGUAUGCAUUUGGUCUUGUAUUAUGGGAAAUUGCUAGGAGAUGCACUGUUGGAGGCAUUGCUGAAGAGUACAAGCCUCCAUUCUACGACAUGGUUCCUUCAGAUCCCAGUUUUGAGGAGAUGAGAAAAGUGGUUGUUGUAGACCAGUCUAGACCACAACUGCCCAACAGGUGGUCAGGCAAUCUGAUCUUGUCCCAGUUGUCCAGGCUGAUAAGGGAAUGUUGGUACCAGAACCCUGCUGCCAGGCUCACUAUGAUGAGGGUCAAGAAGACACUAGCAAAAAUGAUCGAUUCAAACGACGACGAAAAACCUCUCAAGUUCGAACUUAUCACUAAUGAAAUUUCUCUGACAACUUGAACCAGAUGUAGGAUACAUUUUCUUGAUGUUGAAGCAGGGGAUAUGUGUAUUUGUGUAGAUAAAGCAUUUAUUUCUUGCCAUUUAAUAAUACUGAAGUAACUAUGAUCUCAGUCCUGCCUACUGUGCAUUGAGUUUUAAAGUAGGGAGAACAGGUUGACAUGCAAUUGCCUUGAAUAAGCAUUAUAUGUUUAACAUGAUACAGGUGACUGUGCUGUUUAUCUAAAAUAUGUAACUUGACACUCUGUUUUACUUAAAUAUUUUGGAUUAGGUCACAUUCAACCCAGUUUUCUAUCAUCUGCAAAUUAUGUACUUAAAAAUGUCAUUGCAAAAAAAAUUAAUCAUUUUAGAUGAUAGUUUACUGCUCUUUUGAAAAUGCAAAUCAUGUUCUUAAUAACAAAUUGAAAUUAUUUAUUACAAAAGGCUUGAUUUUUAACUUUUUUAAUGUGCCUUUGAAUUGAUAAAUUAUCUUGGAUAUUCCUUAAAGAUUUAGACAGCAUCUAAUGCUUAGCAUUUUAACUUGUUUUUUUAAAUUUCCAAAUGAGAUACUUUAUUGAAAGAAAAUGCUGUGAAUUUGCUCAAAGAAUGGUGUUUUUAAUAUAGUGACAAAACUCUUAUCAAGAGAAUAAAUGUUAAUGUAACUCAAUAGCUAAGGACAUUAUGUACUUUAGUGAAAGUUGCGGAAAGGGAAAUAUAAAGCAUUAUUAUGGUGUAGCACAAAUAUGACAUUUAAACAUAAUUUCACCUAACUAUUUAUCCAAAUUAUUGAACAAUUUAUUCACAUAUUGUACUCAUUUAUUACGCAUUAUUUAUGAACAGUAGCGUAUGUAAAUAAUGAUACUUUUUGAAAAAAUGCUUUAAAAUAUACUUCACUAGUUGUUAGCAUAUAUAAACAGAAAGUAUACAUUUGUAAACAGUUAUGUGAAGAUAACUUAUGUCUAGUUAUACUGGAAAUGUACAAAAUACAAGAAAUAAGGUCACAUUUCUAUGUUAAAAACAUUAUUAUUUUUUUAUAUUUGCAUGUGAAAGCUAAAAAGUGCUGGUUUUGUUACUAGUUUAUAACUGAAAUCUCUUCAAGUAUAACUGCUUGGUUUGGUAUGGUUGUGAAUCAGGACAAUGACUUUUAAUGUUUACAUUUUUCAACUUCUGACUUUCUGCUUUGAAUUUUUGAUUUAAAAAGUGUGCCGUCAUUUUUGUUGAUCUUGUAAAGGGACUCUAUUACUACAACACUGCACAAUUUUAUGUUUGCAGGUGAAUAUCCAUUUUUUAUUUCAUGUUUGGUGAUUUGACUUGGAGAAUUCAGUUUUUAUACCCAUUCAUUGAGACAGUGCCUAUGUGUCAUCACUAUUAUAUAAUAUGUGCAUAGACAAAAGUGUACUGUAGAUGACUGUGGGGAAAAUUGUGAAUAAAAAAUACAGUAUGAAAAAAAUA